AGUUUAAACAAGUUAUAGAAAAUUAUACAAAUAUAGUUAAAUUUGAUGAUAAUAUAUUUGAUAAUAAUAUUGAAAGUAUUAAAAAUAAAGAUGAAGAAUUUGAUACUAAUUAUAUUUCUGAUACUAAAGAUUUAGAUGAUUUAUUGCAAUAUGAUAAUAAAAAUUUAGAAAUUAAAAAUAUAUUAGAUUUUAAUAUAAUAUGA